AUGCUAUCAAAUCCGCUCAAAUCCCCCCAAACCCGCCUUUACCAUAGUGGGCGCUCUACAACCGACCCCAAAGACGAGAAUCAAAAUACCUCUCGCCCAUCUCCAUCCCUCCCAACAAUCUCUGACGCAGACCUCCCGCAUCUCACCCCCUCGAAAACCGUCCACAUGACCCAAAUCACUUCCAAACCAGAAACCAAACGCCUCGCUACAGCGGCAUGCACAGUCACCUUCUCCAACGACCGACCAUGGGCAAUUUUGCGCAAAGGCCAAACACACAAAGGCGACGUAUUCAGCGUCGCCCGGAUCGCCGGCAUUAUGGCUGCUAAGCGCACACCGGACAUUGUCCCACUGUGCCACCCCGGCAUUGGAAUUACCGGAGUGGAGGUCAGUGUUGAAUUACAUGACCCGGAGAAUCAUGGCUAUGGCUCUAUGAAGGUCAUUGCAACUGUUAGUUGUUUUGGUAGAACUGGUGUAGAGAUGGAAGCUAUGACUGCUACUAUGGGGGCUGCUUUAACGGUUUAUGAUAUGCUCAAGGCUGUUGAUAAAGGAAUGGUCAUUGAAGCUGUUCGAUUGCUUGAGAAGCAGGGUGGAAAGAGUGGACAUUGGCUUCGAGAGGAGAGAGUAUAA